UCGAAGCACGGCCGGUCUGAAAGAAAAUCUCGUUGGUUUUGUGAUUCCUCGACUGUGAAGGUUUCCCGAGGUCAAUUUUAUGUGUUUUACGCGUUCUGCCGAUGUUGCUUCUGUCACGUGGUAACCGGUUGAAAUACAAAUAUGAAUAUCCCGAAGUCUGAGGGUCUUUUAUCAGUGGUUUUUCCUACCGAACUCGCGUCUUCGUCCAGUUCACGACAGCUGAUUAUAAACCAAGACCAACAGGAUGAAGAAGCAUCCGAUUGUCCACUUUUAACACCUAGUCCACCACUGAUUCGUUCGGAUGAUACUUUGGAGUCCGGUGCGAUUUAUGUGUCUCUGGAGGGGAAUCCUGUGGAAUCGAUUCCGCCACUCGAAAAUAUUAACAAGGAGGAUGGGCUCAGCGAGUUCAUGAACAUAGUGAACAGUUCGAGCAAAGCUCUAAACGAUGAACCCAGUUCCCGCGAUCCGAUGGUAGAAUCAACAAGCAGCGAUAACAGCAGCGACACAAACGAGCCAGUUUGUGCACAAUUAUUGACGCAGUUGAAUACAGCGUAUCAACACCUUGCUCCUGAUGCUCAGGCACUGUUUUACAAUCAGGAGAGUGGUGGAAAGCCGCCGUUGGUUGGGAUCCAGCUAGUGGUACCGAAGCCCCCAAAGGAUUAUCGUUUCAUGAAAUGGAAUUGGCCGCUGAUACGGAAGACUUGCUUCUGGUCUCUGAUGUCGGUGUUAGCGGGCUGCACGGCGCUUGUCAUCGGUGUUAUUGCCACCAUGCCCAAGAAGUGCGAUCCAAGAGUACAAUGGUGGCAGGGCAGUAUUUUCUACGAGAUAUUCCCGGCCUCUUUCCAAGAUUCUUCGAAGGCCAGCGACGGUAUCGGCGAUCUUCGUGGGAUAACAAUGCGUUUGGACUAUUUGAAAAAGCUAGGCGUUCGAGGGAUUCGUUUGAACUCGAUCUUCCCAGCGGCUCAUUAUCCCGAAUAUUAUUGGAACAUCAAGAAUUUGACAGACGUGAACAAAGAUUUGGGAACGUUAGAGGACUUUGCCACGCUCGUGCAUGAAAUCCAUCGACGAAACAUGAGCCUGGUCUUGGAUUUGCCUCUCUAUCCGUUCGUGAAAAAUUUGUACGACGAGAACGUGGCUGUCGAGAAACCGAACAAAACUGACAAAGCGGUGCGCGAGAGAAGAGACGUUACCGAUGACGUAAUCUUACAGAAGGUGGUGCCGACGACACCGUCCAUGUCGGUGCAAGCAAUUCGGGAGUUACUGCCAUCGAUACCGCCGCCAUUGGACAAACCACAGCAACAAGGUCUCACGUCAAAUCGCAUAACCGCGGCGACAGAGAAUCCUGUCAUGUCGGCGAUAAAAAUCUGGCUGCAAAGAGGAGUCGACGGUUUCUACUUGAAGGGGCUCGAACAUUACGUCGACGAGGAAUCCUUUCCAAGUAACCUGAACCAGUGGAAGUCUCUUCUGGGAUACGACAGAAUACUGAUUUGUCACAUGGACGCUUUAACGGCUGCAAAAUCUGCCGCCGCGAGAAAUUCCAUACUGAAGAAGAUGGAUCUUGUCGAUGUCACGUUGCGGGUUUCAAACGGAACGAACGUGAUUAAGAAACAAAUAGAGGAUGUCACGAAGGGCUUGUUGUUCGAGAAACCUGAUUACCCGUGGGUACAUUGGUCCAUAGGCGGAGUGGACUCGAAAAGAGUGGCGUCCAUGAUUAGCGUGAAGAAUGCCACAAUGGCUAUCUCUCUUCUAGGAAUGAUACUUCCAGGGACACCGAGUAUAUUUUACGGAGACGAGAUAGGUAUACCAGAUUGCGACUGUGAAGAUCACAAGGAUCUUGCUCGCGUGCACAACUUAGUUCCCAUGUAUUGGGAUCCGAAUGAUGGAUCGGGCCAUAAGUUUGCGUCCGUGGGCGUUCGAGGUUGGUUACCGGAAGCUACAAAACCAUUAGAAACAAGUUUGAUGGGGACCAUUGCCGAGAUGGCUAAUCUGAGAUAUAAAACGACUCCAAUUUACGUUAAAGCUGUGCUGAAAGAGAAUCAGGUGCUGGCGAACUGUGAUAUUAGAUAUGCUGAUGACGAAAUGAUUGUAAUAGAACGAUGGUAUCCACGGCGAAAUUCGUACAUCUUUCUAGCUAAUUUAGGCAAUAAAACGCUAACCAAGGACUUAAGUUUUCUUUAUUACGGUGGUCAGGUCGUAGUCGGUCCGUCAUAUAGACUGAACCGGGACGUCUACUUCAAGGAACUUAUUGUGCCUCCGGGAGAAGCGUUCAUUAUAAAACUCGAUAAAUGAAAAGCUGGUUGCUAAAUAAAAGUUUAUAUAACAUUCAUUUUACAUACGAUCAAGAUGUUAGGGUUUUUAGUUGAUAUUUCAAGCGUGAAUUCGUAACGUUUCAUUUGGGUGAGAAAGAUAUUGUCGACGUUGCGAACGUUGUACAACGAAGAUUUAAUAUAAAAGUUCCUAUUAAUUGUAAUUCAAAUACGUAGGAACUGCAGCGUCCAUGAAAGUAUUAUUUGAGAAGCGAAAGAAAGUUCAUUCGAGGGAAACUGAUUGUAUUGUAAAAUAAAAAGCAACAAAUUGUGCUAUUCGAAUGAUUUCACGUAGGCGGGUGAAAUGUGCUUGGAUAAAAAGUAAUCAAAAAGUCAUGCAGAAUCAAAUUACACGUUAUAUCGUUAUUGUUAAUCUUGUUAGUAAUAUUGGAGAAGCAUAAUGAAUGUUCGCGCAUUUCACAUUCCAAAAGAGGACAAAUCAUUUUACACUUGCCUGUGUUCAUUCUCGUGAUUCAAAUUUACAAUGCGAGAUUGUUUCACUGUGUUUUGUACCUUCUGAUAGUUUUGAUAAUAAAACCGAAGAUUUUUGUGAUUGUAUCGAUUACUUCCAGUCGCAGUACAAAUUUCACUUGAAAUUUUCAAUGUUUUAUAUUUACAAAGUGUACGGAAUUUAUCCCUGUCACUCUCGGUACGUUUUCGAAUUUCAAAAUUAUCGCCGUAAAUUAUAUAUGGACUAUUUUUAUAAUGAAUUUUAUCGCGUGAUAAGAACUGUUCGCAACGUGUAAUUACUUACUUAUUUUAUAAUAAUUUUUGGUACUAAUACAGUGACAUUUUACCGAUGCGUGAAUAAUAUGGUGCUUAUGCGAGAGAAAAGUUUUUUGUAUUUUUAUUCAAAUACCAUGAUACGCGUGUCCUCUUAUCACGUGUGCGCUCGUUGAACUCGAAAUAUAUUCCAGUACAACCUUUAAAUAGUAUUAAAAGAGAAAUAUAACAAUAUAAUCUAUAAAGUAUUCUGCGCAAGUAGAUUUUUACUUUUAAUGAAGUUCAAUUUUGAUGUGAAUUUUAUUAUUCAGAAAUAAAAGAUAGUAUU